UGUGUUCAGCGCAAGUCUCUUCUGGAGAUUCUCAAGCAAACAGUUUUAGACCAUCUUACCAAAAAGUGUCCACCCCAUGUUCAAGUGAUUGGAUUGCUUUGCCGAACUCCUCUUAAGGAAAGCAGACAUGAAUUAUUACGUCGAGUAGCUGGUGGUGGUGGUAUUUUCAAAGGGGAAAAUGAUCUAAAGGUACAACUACCAGGAGCAAAUCUGAAUGAUAUAGCCAACCAGGCUGAUGACCUGCUGGAGACAAUGGAAGCCAGGCCAACAGUUCCAGAUAGAAAAUUGCUUGCUAGACUUGUUUUGAUCAGGGAAGAAGCCAGGAAUAUGAUGGGUGGUGGGAUAUUAGACGAAAGAAAUGAUCGUGGCCUGAGCACACUUCCUGAAGCAGAGGUUUGUUUCAUUUUCAGCUACUACGUAUAUAUUUUCUAAUAGCUUUGCUCUUUA